CUCUCCUGCCCGGUUCAUGAGGACCGCUCGCUUUCUGCAGUCCAGACACAAGCUGCUAUGUUAUAAAUCCUCGCUAACAGGAUGUAAGGCCAUUUAAUCCCCCCCGAUUAUUUCCGUGCAGUACUUUGCUGUUUGAUUCCUACCUGGUGUGGUUCUGGAGUUCUGCAAUAGAACCGAAAGGUGGAGGGAAGGCAGCACAGAACAUCUCAAAGAACAAUCACGCGUGGCUCCAUACACCAUCACUUAUUUUUCUGUUCGAGGCCGCUGCAGCGCCAUGAAGAUGCUGAUGACUGACCAUGGUCAACAAUGGAAGGAUAUCAAUGUCAGCUAUGAGGAAUGGAUGAAGGGCGACCUUAAAAAGACCUUACUCUUUGGCCAGCUUCCGAAAUUUGAGGACGGCAGCUUGGUCCUGUUCCAGUCCAACGCCAUCCUGAGAUACUUAGGCCGCAAACAUGGUGCUUAUGGGAAGGACGAUGGUGAAUGUGCCCUCAUUGACAUGAUGAAUGACAGCGUUGAAGACCUCCGAAUUAAAUACAUCCGCCUGAUUUACCUUGAGUAUGAUACUGGCAAAGACAAGUACAUCAAGGAGCUUCCAGACCAGCUUAAGUACUUUGAAAAAAUCCUUGCCAGUAACCCAAAAGGAUUCCUCGUAGGGGACAAGAUGUCCUAUGCAGACUACAACCUGUUUGACUUACUGCUUAACCAGAAGGUGCUCAGCCCUCCCUGCCUAGACAGCUUCCCCACCCUGAAGAGCUACGUUGACAAGAUAGCCGCCCGUCCGAAAAUCAAAGCAUUCAUGGAGUCUGAUAGCUUUAAGAAGCUGCCCAUCAAUGGCAAUGGCAAACAGUGAUGCACUCAUGGGAUGGAGCACUGGUGGGAUGGAGCACUGGUGGGAUGGAGCACUGGUGGGAUGGAGCACUGGUAGGAUGGAGCACUGGUGGGGUACAUCUGUCACCAGGGCUACUAGCUACAGUCAUCAGCAGCUCAGGAGAGCAGAAGCCGAUGCUUCUGGUGUGUGAAGUCACUGUGUCAGUUUGGUCUUUUUGUGCAUCCAACAUUUUCCCUGAUAGACGACUUGUCUUUCAGUUUGUUAACAUGAAAAGGUGAAUAAAUGCAUUAUUUACUGGC